AUGAACAAUUUCAUGGCUAAGAGAACGGACAACUCAGGCUGGAUUAUUGCUACUGCCACCCAAGUAGUACCUGCCAUUGUUAUCAUGAUUGGGUUGCCCUCUACCCCAGAUUCACCGAGAUGGCUUGUCGGCAAAGAUCGAUUUGAAGAUGCAUUGAAGGUGCUUCGUCCACUUCGCCACAAAGAGGAUGCAUCGAACGACCUGUGCGAGUUUGAGCUUGUAGCACUCCAAGAAGAUGAUAGUAAAAUUUAUGAAGAAGGGGGGCUGGGUGGAGCUUUUCGACCAGAGAAACAGAAGACGCACAGUGUAAAUAAACAUGCUGCACGUGAUUAA